AUGGGUCAGCACACCCGCCAUGAAUCCUACCCUUCCACCUCAUUAACCCGCAUUGACUUCCACCACCACGGCCAGCGCCGCCUUGAUGUCGCUUCCGCCACCUCCUGCGGCUGCGCCGACGACCUCGCAUGGCCAUUCGGCAAGCUCGACGAUCUAGACUCCGACGCCGUCAGGGAAACGGCGUAUGAGAUCUUCUUCACGUCAUGCCGGUCGUCGCCGGGGUUCGGUGGCCGCCAUGCACUGACGUUCUACUCUAACUACGAGAACGGCGGCGAUGGCGGGAAGUCGAACCAGGUGGUGACGAAGCCAACGAGCAGGGUGAAGAAGGCAUUAGGGUUGAAGAUGUUGAGGAGAUCGCUGUCGAAGAGAAUGGUUUUCGGCGUCGGGAGCAACGGAGUGUCUUCGACGCCUUCGUCCCCGGUGGGUGGAGCAAGCAGCCCUUUGUCGCACACCGUGCCGCCUUUUAGGCCACGGCGUCCCAUGACCGCGGCGGAGAUCAUGAGACAACAGAUGAGGGUGACAGAACACGAUGAUAAUAAGUUAAGGAAGACCCUCAUGAGGACACUCGUUGGCCAAGUGGGAAGGCGUGCAGAAACUAUAAUCCUGCCCUUGGAACUGUUACGGCACCUAAAGCCUUCAGAAUUCAGUGAUUCCAAUGAGUAUCAUAUGUGGCAAAUGAGGCAGCUCAAGAUCCUUGAAGCUGGGCUCCUUCUUUACCCUUCAAUCCCUUUAGAAAAGACCAACACAUUUGCCACGCGUCUCAGAGACAUCAUAACAAGUGGGGAGUCUAAACCUAUAGACACUGGCAAAAACUCUGACACCAUGAGAACCCUUUGCAACUCUGUGGUUUCCUUGUCAUGGAGAAGCCACAAUGGUACUCCCACUGAUGUUUGUCAUUGGGCUGAUGGUUUCCCUUUCAACAUUCACCUCUAUACUUCUCUUCUUCAGUCCAUUUUUGACAUCAGGGAUGACACAUUAGUCCUAGAUGAAGUUGAUGAGCUACUUGAGUUAAUCAAGAAGACAUGGUCUACAUUGGGUAUCACCUUGCCAAUUCACAAUGUGUGCUUCACUUGGGUCCUGUUUCAUCAGUACAUAGCAACUGGGCAGAUAGAACCUGACCUCCUUUGUGCCUCACAUGCCAUGUUGUAUGAGGUGGCAAAUGAUGCUAAGAAAGAAAAGGAAUCUUUGUAUGUUAAGAUACUUUCAUCAGUGCUGAGCUCAAUGCAGGGUUGGGCAGAGAAGAGAUUGCUUAAUUACCAUGACUAUUUCCAGAGAGGGAAUGCUGGCCAAAUCGAAAACCUCCUUCCUGUGGUGUUGUCAGCAUCAAGGAUUUUAGGUGAAGAUCUUACAAUCACAGAUGGGGAAGGGGGAGAGAAAGGUGACAUAACCAUAGUGGAUUCAUCCGGUGACCGGGUUGAUAAUUAUAUUCGUUCUUCCAUGAAAAAUGCAUUUGAAAAGGUAUUAGAAGCAGUGAAUACCAAAUAUGGUGAAUAUGAAAGAAAGAAAGAAUUGAGUGAAGUUCUACUUCAAUUAGCUCAGGAGACUGAAGUUUUGAUGAUGAAGGAAAGACAUCAUUUUAGUCCAAUGCUAAAGAAAUGGCACUCAACAUCAGGUGCAGUUGCAGCAAUGAUGCUGCACACCUGCUAUGGGCAAGUGCUGAGGCAGUACAUACUUCAAGUGACCUCACUAACAACUGAAUCAGUUCAGGUAUUGCAGAGGGCUGGAAAGCUAGAAAAGUUAAUUGUCCAAAUAGUGGUUGAAGACUCUGCUGAGUGUGAGGAUGGUGGCAAAACAGUUGUGAGAGAGAUGGCUCCCUUUGAUGUUGAUUCAGUCAUAUUGAGUCUUCUGGGAAAAUGGAUAGAUGAAUCAUUGUACAUAGGCAAAGAGUGUGUGCAAAGAGCAAAAGAAACUGAAACAUGGAAUCCAAAGUCCAAAUCAGAGCUAUAUGCACAAUCAGCUGCGGAGCUGACGAAAUUGGCGGCAACAACUGUGGAAGAAUUCUUCCAAGUUCCAAUAGCAAUUACAGAAGAUUUAGUUCAAGAUCUUGCUGAUGGAUUGGAAAACCUCUUCCAGGACUACAUGAUGUUUGUUGCAGCAUGUGGUUCAAAGCAGAGUUACAUUCCCUUGCUUCCCCCACUAACCAGAUGCAACCGGGAUUCCAAAUUCAUCAAGCUGUGGAAGAAAGCUGCACCAUGCAGUUCUGGUUUUGAAGAUCAACAACACAUAAAUGGAAGUCAUGAAGGUCAAAAUCCUAGGCCAUCAACUAGCCGUGGAACGCAACGCCUCUAUGUUCGUCUCAACACUUUGCACUAUCUCCUUACUCAAAUCCACUCUCUUGAGAAAUCACUCUCAAUGAACCCUGGAGUUGUUCCUUCAAAUCGCCUUCGGUUUGCAAACAACCACCGCAGGAAUCAAAGCAACAGUUCUUCAUACUUUGAAGCAGUGAACUUGUCCAUUCUAGCAGCAUGCCAACAUGUCUCAGAAGUUGCUGCAUACCGUCUUGUAUUCCUUGACUCAAACUCUGUCUUCUAUGAGAGCCUCUACAUUGGUGGUGUAGAAAGAGGCCAGAUUAGAGCUGUGUUGAGAAUCCUCAAGCAGAAUAUAACACUAAUGACUACAGUUCUUACAGAUAGAGCUCAACCAAUGGCAAUGAAGGAAGUCAUGAAGGCAUCAUUUGAUUCAUUCCUUAUGGUUUUUCUUGCUGGUGGAAGCUCCCGUGUGUUUCACAGGUCUGACCAUGAGAUCAUCCAAGAGGAUUUUGACAACUUGAAGAAAGUUUUCAGCAAUUGUGUAGAAGGAUUGAUAGCAGAAAAUGUGGUGGAUGGAGAGGCUGCAGUAGUGGAGGGAGUUAUUGCAUUAAUGGGCCAAAGUACUGAACAGUUGAUGGAAGAUUUCAGCAUUGUGACUUGUGAAUCAAGUGGAAUGGGUGUGAUGGGUAAUGGGCAGAAGUUGCCAAUGCCUCCUACUACAGGAAAGUGGAAUAGAGCAGACCCCAACACAAUAUUGAGGAUAUUGUGCCAUAGAAAUGACAGAGCUGCAAAUCUGUUCUUAAAGAGAACAUUCCAAUUAGCAAAGAGGAGAUAA